AAAUGCUGUGAUGAUGUACACAAUGCCGUGUCCCACGCGGUCACUACGCACGCAGCUGUUAGCACUUGCGGACAUACGACCAAGCGUAAUGUUUACACAUAUCUUUUUUCUAAAAUAAAAAUUUAUACAGUUUUUUUUUUUCCCAUAUGAUACGGAUGGUCGUAACUUAAGUCGCAUGGGGGAGAAACUGAGACUUGUUGUGUACUUGUGACUUGUCUUGUGUACACUGAUUUUUCCACUUAACUGUAUUAACUGACUUUUUUUAGUGAGUAGUUACUGAGGAAUUGUUAAGUGACAAAACGGUGAAGAAAACAGGACUCUUGACGUGAGGCUGUUAGUAGUUCCAUAUUCUAUAUAAUAUAGUACCAUUCUUACCCAUUCCCGCCGAGUUGAUCCUCUGAACAGCCACCUGGCUCCACGCUCCGGGAGCGGCGCCGCAGUCGAGCACGGAGAAAUGCUGACAUCCAAGCUUCUCACGCUGGUGCUGGUGGUGCAGCCUGGUCGGGUCCUGCUGGGCCUGAAAAAGAGAGGCUUUGGUGCAGGGAGAUGGAAUGGUUUUGGAGGCAAAGUUCAACCAGGGGAAACAAUUGAGCAGGCAGCCAAACGGGAGCUGUUGGAAGAAAGUGGCCUCACUGUGGACACACUGGAUAAGAUUGGAAAUAUCAAGUUUGAGUUUGUUGGAGAGACGGAGAUUUUGGAUGUUCACAUUUUCAGGACUGACACUUUUACUGGAUACCCUACAGAGUCUGAUGAAAUGAGUCCAGCGUGGUUUGACUGUGACAAAAUCCCGUUUGACCAGAUGUGGCCAGAUGACAAACUGUGGUUUCCCUUCAUGCUGCAGAGGAAGAAGUUUCUGGCCUAUUUCAAGUUUCAGGGCCAUGACCUGAUCCUGGAGCAGAAGAUAGAAGAAGUUGACAAACUUUGAGCUUUUUCAUUCCUAUCAGACCUCAAACCAGGGCAUCCCUUCAAAGCCGUAGUUUCCCCAGAAUAGUCCAAGAUAUGCAUGUCACAAAAAGGUUAUCGAGGCGUACUAUGUUCUAAUCAGUAUUGUUUACCAUUUCACUUUGAAAUGGAAAAAUUGUGUUUGGUUGCUGUCAUUUCUAAAAAUUUAUGGUAUAUAAUGCUAUAAAGUGUUUGAGGGGGAAUCACA